UACGCGUUUAAGAAAAAUAUGCCUAACUCAAGUAUCAAUGUUAAUGACGAACUGAGGUCACAAGAAUUACAAUCUCUUCGUUUACUUCGAGCGAGUUUAACUAGUUUGGACAUUCUCACCAAGCAAAUGUUAAAAGAUUUGGAAAUAUUGACCAGGAAUUAUGAGGUUAUAAAUGCAACCUGUGAAGGGUGGAAAGUUAUUUUGCCCAUUAAUAUUUUAAAGACCGAUAUAACUGACGAGAGAAAUGAAAAUAAUGGAGGGGAUUAUAUGGAAAUAUUGUGA